GUAAGAUGAGUUCUUAUUAAAGUACUUUGCAAUUUCUAUGCAAUCGCUUAAAAUAUUGGGUAUCCAAGAUUCGGCUUAAGGGGUGAUUAUUACUUUGCUUACUUUACCUUAUUUUUGUCGUUACCGAUUCAUUGUAUAAACCGGUUAUUGAAAAUAGGUGAAUAAUGGUAAGCACUAAAUGUAAAUUGAAGAACAAAGAAUAUCAGAAUCACAUAUGAAUUUAGUUAUUUUAAAAUUAACGAUUACGAUAAAAGAUCUUAAUAGGAAAAAUAGUUGCUUGAUUUACACCAACUCAAAAUUUGGCAGUGAAUGGAGUAAAAAUUUGAAUAGUUUUGGCGAAAAGAAAAAAUAAAAAAAAAGAAACAGCUGAAGUUUCUAAAAAUUGGAAAGAGCAAGAUAGAGUUGUCGCUAACAGCAAAUUUUUUUUAGGUUGGUGUGCAAAUUGUCAACAAUAAAGUGGAAUUCAUAAAGUUAUGGACGGCGAUAUUGUAGCCCAGUUAUGUAUUUACAUACUUACAUGGAAUGUGGGUGGUCAUUACCCCGAUGAUAUUUCAUUAAACGAUGCGUUAUCUUUAAAUGCGACUGUUUGUCCAAACAAUUCUGAUGUACCUGAUAUAUACGUGAUAGGCUUCCAGGAAGUGAAUACUCAGCCAAAAAAUCAAAUUAUGAAUUAUUUCCAAGAUGACCAGUGGACAUUUAAAGUGAAAGAACACUUGGAUGACAUGGGUUUUAUAAAACUGGGCGCUGAACGUUUGCAAGGAAUGUUAAUUAGCAUGUGGGUUCAGCCAAAGCAUAUUUCUCAUAUAAGAGAAAUAGAGACGCAGAAUACGAAAACUGGUUUCGGUGGCCUAUGGGGCAAUAAAGGAGCAGUAAGCAUACGUUUAAGUCUUUACGGUACAGGGGUGGUGUUUGUAGCCUCUCACUUAGCCGCGCAUGAUGAGAAGCUACGUGAACGCGUAGAAGACUAUGAUCAAAUUGUUGAUAAUCAUCAUUACAAGGCACCAAGAUAUCGCAACAUUUUUGAUCACAACUUUGUAUUUUGGUUUGGUGAUUUAAAUUUCCGCUUAGAUAGUCACGACUCAGUUUGGGAUAUACGAAAUGCAGUCGAGCAAGGACGCUUAGAUGAACUUUAUCAAUUUGACCAGUUAAAAUUGGUGCGUGAGACGGGUAAUGCGUUCUCGCUAAUGGAGGAGAGAAAGCCCAAUUUUCCACCCACAUUCAAAUUCAUCGAAGGAACUUCAGAUUAUAAUCUCAAGCGUCGCCCCGCCUGGUGUGAUCGUAUACUAUAUCGCUUACAAGCACCUGUUUAUCCUGAUGUACAACUUAAUUUGAAACAACUGGCAUAUAAAUCUCAUCCCGAGUACAAUUUAUCAGAUCACAAACCGGUUUCAGCGGAAUUUCUAAUUACGAUUAAAGCUGACAAAUACACUGAUGAUGAGCUUUAUGAAAUGACUCACGGCGGCAGCUUCAUAUCUCUACCUCUAGUAAGGCUUAUUUUCAUAUCAUUCUAUUUGACUAUAUUUUAAUUUGCUUUACAAUUUCUUUUUCAAUUUUUUAUUUAUUUUUUUUGUUGUUGACUUUUAUGUAAUAUCAUCGAUUUGCUUUUUCGUUGGCGCAUAGUUACACGUUCAUUAGUUUUAUUCGAAUGUUAUUUAAAUGAUAAAUGUGUGCAUAUGUUUUAAAUCUUAAUUUUUUUUAUAAAUUAUUUGUAAGCGUAUAGAAUUUUUUUCUUCUUCUUUAUUAUAACAAGUAUUCACUGUGUUGAAUACUUUAGCAAGCAGUUGUAGAAUUUUGUCAGAUAAUUUUAUUUUAAUAAAUUUAAAAUCGAAGAUAGUGAAAAUGUUUUCGAAUUGAUAUAAAUGUGAUUAAAAGAAAUUUUUUAUUUUUAUACACGAAUUUCACAAAGAAAGGACGGGUAAUUUUUUAACAAUCAUUCUCCUUAAAAAAAAACGUAUUGGCAAUAUACACUUACGCCGAUGCUUAAUUCGACUCAUUCGUGCAUAUUUCCUUGAGUUUUUCGAUAUAAACUUUCAUUCCCUUCUCCACAUCUAUGAAGUUUAGUAUUAGUGACUUUGCAAAAUUAUUCUUUUAACUUUAACGAUGAAACGUUAAGUUUAUGAGGACAUUUUUCUACCUUAAAUAGUAGUUAGCUGAUUAUGGGUGAAUAAAAUAAGAAAAUAUUUCCAAUUCUAGCCGAAUUUAUUUGUGACCAUUAUUAUUAUUAUUAUUAUUAUUAUAAAUUUAACCAGAGAAUAAAUUCUAAGACUAAAGUCUUAAGGCACUA